AUGUCUCUGAAACCUUCCACGGAGAACGCCGUUGCGGUUGCCGGCAUGAAUGAGUCAGCGACACUGGAAGAGAUUCGAGAAGAAACGCAGGAUGCGAACAGGCCUGUCAAGUUUUCGAAGGUCUUCACGAUAUCAAUUGUAUUGUGCUUGGCGACUUUGUGCGUAUCGAUAGACAAUACGAUAAUUUCGACUGCUGUACCACGGAUCACAAAACAGUUUCAGAGCAUUGACGAUGUGGGCUGGUAUGCAGCAAUCUAUCCAUUGACAUCCUGCGCAUUCCAACCUUCCUACGGAAAAAUCUAUACUCUCUUCUCCAGCAAAUAUGUCUUCUUGGCAGCGUUGCUGAUAUUCGAGAUCGGCAGCGUUGUAUGUGCUACUGCACCUAGUUCUCAUGUGUUUAUUCUCGGGCGGGCAUUAGCAGGCAUAGGUUCCGCUGGAAUACAAGCAGGCACUACGCUCAUUCUCGCUGAAUGUGUUCCACUAAGCCAGCGGCCGACUUGGAACAGCAUCAUUGGUAGCAUGUUUGCAGUCGGGAGUGUGGCUGGACCUUUACUGGGAGGAGCGUUCUCAGAUUCAACCACAUGGCGUUGGUGCUUCUACAUUAAUCUCCCAAUUGGAGGAGUUGUUAUGAUCUUCGUCUUCUUUUUCUAUCACGCUAAUAGUACUGACAGAAUACUCGAGUCGACCGGAUCUCGCAGCCAGAUCGCGCGUUUCGACUUGGUUGGCACUUUUACCUUUAUGUCCGCAACUAUUUGUCUCCUGCUGGCACUCUCAUGGGGUGGUACGACAUAUGCUUGGGAUAAUGUCCGCAUAAUAGUCCUGCUCACUCUUGCUGGUCUCCUCUUUUGUUCCUUCGUGGGUAUCGAAUACUGGAUGAAAGAUAGCGCCAUCAUUCCUUUGCGUUUACUACGCAGUCGAAGCAUAUGUGCAGCAAUUUGGUUUGGUAUCUGCCUUGGAGGCGUGUUCUUUAUCAACGUUUACUAUAUCCCGCUAUGGUUUCAAAUCGUCAAUGGUGUCUCUGCCGUCGAAUCCGGAAUCCUCUUCAUACCGUUUAUGGUUAGUGUUGUCGGUGGAUUCAUGUUCGCGGGCUUUGGGACUGCUGGAACAGGAUAUUACACACCCUUUGUCUACGCUGGAUCAGUCCUCAUGUCGAUAGGCACGGGCCUUUUGAUGACUGUUCGGCCUCAUCACACCCCCCGCGCCAGAUGGGUUGGGUUUCAGAUAAUAUGUGGAGCUGGAAUCGGUCUAGGAGAAGAGCAGGGACUGUAUAUGGUACAGACGACGCUUUCCGAAAAUGAUGUGGCAACUGGAAUUGGCCUCAUCCUAUUCGCACAGACAUUCGGUGGAGCCUUGUUCGUGUCGGUUGCGCAGUUACUCUUCUUGGAGAACAUCAGCAAAGCGCUAAAAACACUGGCCCCGAAUCUGAGCCCUAAGUCUGUUCUGGACGGAGAAACAACAGGGUCUUCGCCAGAAUUACAGGCAGUCUACGGCGUGGCGAUCAAAGACUCCCUCCGCGUUGGGCUUAUAUUAGCAGCAGCGUCGACUCUAGGUGCCGUGCUAUACGACUGGAAGAGUCUGAGAACGAAGGAUGAUAAUGGGAGCCCUGAGCAUGGAUGUGUGCAGAUGCCAGAAAAGUUAGAGGGGGUUGGAGCAGAGGUCAAAGAGAGAUAA